AUGGAAAAAAAAUCGACCGUGGUUAAAUCUAAGUCAUCAAAUAGCGCUAUCGUAACCAAAAAAGACAAAAAGAACGCAAAAUGCUUCAGCAACUAUGACAUAAUCACGAAUUCAAAGAAGAAGCGCGGUGUUUACGUCGAGAAAUCACCAAACCGUGAAGAUGUUAUAAAACCACCUAAAAGAUCAAGACCCGGCAAAAAGAAAUUCCUAGCAUCAGUCCUCACGAUACUAUCAAAAUCUACAGCCGCUACCCAAUACCCAGAAAUAGACAACUCAGACAGAAUAAAAGACAGAAUAAAACCGCGGUCGACACAAAAAUCAGAUACAAAUAAACAUAAGAAAAAAUACAAAUCAAGAGUUCUGAACACGUAUAAGGAUGAUAGUAUUAUAGUAUUGAAAUCGAAGAAAGAAAUUCAACAAACCUCUUCUACGUCCAGCAGAAAUGAUACAUGCAAGUCUUAUACGCCGCAAAACAAAAAAUCCAACCAGAAAUCAAUAAGAUAUGUUCUAGACAACAAUAUAUACAGUGGAGUGGCGGAAGGACCGGCCAGAGAUAUACUUAAAAUAGAAUCAAAAAAACAUUUGAGUGCAUACGAACCAAAGGAUACAAAUGUUGAGAAACAGGUCGAUAAAAAGAUAUAUAACUUCUUCGUUGAGUUACUAGAAACAACUUUUAAUAUGUAUAAUGAUAAAGAAUUGAAUGACAAUACAAAAGAGUCAAAAACAGGCUUGGAACUAAACGAAUCUGUGUUACAGAAACUUAUUAUACAAGGCCAAUCGCAGGUAGAAAACCAAAGAAGCUAUUCAAAAGACAUUGAUAGCGAAAAAUAUAAAUUUUUAAGCAGUUUCUAUGAAAGAACAUUAAAUAAUGAUUUACCAGAAACACCAAAAGUCAGACCAAAAACUAAAUAUUUGAUCAAUCACAAAAAAGAUAAACCAGAGAAAUUAAACAGUUUCUCUGUGCCCAAAAAAGGUAAAAAAUCAAAGAAAGCGUUACUGGAUAUUCUGAAAGAGGAAUUAACAAAGGAUGCUUGUAAGACUUACGAAGAACCGGGAAAUUUAUACCAAGCAUUGAAAGUUAUGGCGAAAAAUAAGAAGAAAAGCGAGAAUUCCAUACGUUUUAACAAAAUGGAAGGAUUCAGCGACAAAGACUGCAUGUUGAGACGGAAAGUUCUGUUUAAAUCGAAGAAAAGAAACCGUAAAACAGAUCCAAAAACAAAAUUCAUUUCUAGAUCCUUCGAAAUCGGUUCCAAUCGCUUUCCAUCGCGACAUUCUCUAGUUGUAUAUGGCUACGAUUACGAAAAACCUAUCAAAAUUCAACAACCGGUAGAAACAAAACAUACGGGGGUUCCUCUAGCUUCAUCCUCUUCAAACGAAGACUCUGAUAUAUAUUGCAGUUCCUUUGACUUUCCUAUUUCACCAACUAACCCGUAUUCAUACAAUGACUGA